UAUAAACUUCGGAACGUGUCACUGAAGUAAACGCAGUAUACGUUUGCUUGCUUCUUCUUGUACAUUACUGUCGUUAGGUAAAAUGUAACGCUGAACGAGCAGAAAGUGAAGUGUUCGUUCAAACCCGUUGCCAUAGAGACAGGUUUGCGAUAAACAAGUCCGUUCAUCAGAUUUCAGUGUGAAGAUGCUCCUUUCUCGCAUCAAGCCAGCCUUGGGAGGAGACACACUGGUGAAUAGUGAUGACAGAAAGUACAGGAGCAAGAUUCCCCAUCUGGAGGACUACCUGCAACGAAGAGAUUACCUUGGGGCUUUGACACUGUUGGAGUUUCAGAGCGUUAUUGGAGAGAAAGAGGACCAUGCAGACCUCUGGACUGGCUACUGUGCUUUUCACUUGGGCGAUUAUAAGAGAGCAAUGGAGGAAUACAAGUCUCUGACCAUGAAACCUGAAUGUCCUGCUGAGGUGUGGGUCUUUUUGGCAUGUGCCUUAUUCUUCCUUGGACUAUAUAAAGAAGCUGAGGAGGCUGUUUCUAAGGCACCAAGAUCCCCCCUACAAAAUCGGGUCCUCUUCCACUUGGCUCACAAGUUUAGUGAUGAGAAGAAGCUGAUGGGUUUCCAUCAAAACCUGGAGGAUGUGACACAGAACCAGCUCAGCCUGGCGUCAAUCCACUACAUGCGCUUUCACUACCAGGAGGCUAUUGAUAUUUAUGAGCGUAUUCUACUGAAGAACAAAGAUUUCCUCGCCUUGAACGUGUAUGUGGCUCUCUGCUUUUACAAGCUGGACUACUAUGAUAAAUCCUUAGACAAGUUGGCAGUCUACCUGCAAAGCAUCCCUGACUCUGCUAUUGCCCUCAACCUCAGGGCUUGCAACCACUUCAGGCUUUGUAAAGUCAAGGAAGCUGAGGCUGAGUUGAAGAACCUCAUUGGCAUCUCUUCCUGCUCUUUUGAGUUUGCUAAGGAGCUUAUCCAACACAACCUGGUCGUGUUUCACGGUGGGGAGAAGGCAUUGCAGGUGCUGCCGCCUCUUAUCGAUGUCAUCCCAGAAGCCAGACUAAACCUGGUCAUCUACUAUCUCAGACAAGAUGAUGUUCAGGAGGCUUACAGCCUCAUUCAAGACUUGGUGCCCACCACCCCUCAGGAGUAUAUUUUGAAAGGAGUAGUAAAUGCUGUGUUGGGGCAAGAAAUUGGAUCAAGGGAACACUUGAAAACUGCUCAGGAGUUCUUCCAGUUGGUUGGAGGCUCAGCCAGUGAAUGUGACACUGCUCCCGGCAGGCAGUGCAUGGCUUCCUGCUACUUCCUCUUGGGACGGUUUAAAGAUGUGCUUAUGUAUCUCGACUCUAUCAAAUGUUACUUCUAUAAUGAUGAUACAUUUAAAUUCAACUACGCUCAGGCUAAAGCAGCCAUUGGCAACUACAAAGAAGCAGAAGAGGUUUUUCUGCUGAUUCAGUGUGAAAAGAUUAAGAAUGACUAUGUUUAUCUCAGCUGGCUGACUCGCUGCUACAUAAUGAACCAAAAAGGUCGUCUAGCCUGGGAGCUCUGUCAGAAGAUGGAUACAUCGGCUGAGUCCUUCAGUCUGCUGCACCUCAUUGCCAAUGAUUGUUACAAGAUGGGUCAGUUCUGCUAUGCAGCUAAAGCAUUUAAUGCACUGGAGAUGCUGGACCCAGGCACUGACUACUGGGAAGGAAAAAGAGGGGCAUGUGUUGGUGUCUUUCAACUUAUAUUGGCAGGCAAGAUGUCAAAGGACAUUCUUAAGGAGGUGGUUCAUCUGCUUCAGAAUUCAGGAAACUCCCAGGUUGAAUACAUUGUCAGAGUUAUGAGGAAGUGGGCCAAAGACAAUAGAGUUCUCAUCUCAUAAUAGCCUUGAACUGUCAAAUCAAGCCCCUCUGCAGAUCUACAACCAAAAUAAUGACAUCAUACACAGAUCUGCAGUUAGAACAACGCUCAUGUCACUUAUUUUCCAUUGUUGUGACUGGACAUCAAGCAGAUGUGGUUAUUAUCAGGGUACACCGAAUUGUCUGGACUUGUGACAGCAGCUCUGACCCUGAUGUAUGCAGAUUGACUUGCAAAAAAC